AUGAGAGUCCGCCUUUCCAAACACCGAGAAACAGAAGAGCGCAGAGCUGCAGGAUCACGCCGGACCCCAGGAGCGGCAGUCCCCAGGCAGGGGCGCAGCCAGACCGGCGCGCAGUCCGUGCUCGGGACGCCAGGGCUGCCCCGAGCGCUCCGGGGACACGGCGGGCCAAUCCCGUGCAACCCAAGAAAACUUUUUCCCCGCACGCGGACGUCAGCGCGGAUGCAGAGCUGGGUGGGGGCCCGCACACCUCCCGCGGGCCGCGGCUUCCCCGCCCGCCCGCCUUCCUCGGGCAGCGAUCUCCCAACACCGCGCGCCGAUCGCAGCCUAAUGAAUUUCCCCGCCGCUUCCCUGACAGCUGCCUUCCAACCCGAAACCAAAACAAUACCUCAGGCGGCGAAACGCCCCCUCCAGCGAGACCCGAACCCCCCGCGCGAAGACCGCAAACAGCCCCGCCACGCUCCGGGGGCCCGCGCGAACCACGCCGAGGGGGCGUCUCUCGCCGGGGGCUGCGGAGCCCCCCGCGCCGAGCCAGCACUUGCCACAAACCGCAGCACCCACCUCGGCCCGGGCGGGGAGGGUCUCUCUUCCCACAGGGGGCCCCCGCGCCGCGGCGCGAGCCGAGCGCGACGCGUCCAGACCUGUUGCGUGCUCCCCGACACGCCCACUCGCUCCGAUAACACCAGCCCGGCCGAAGUCUCGGCGGUUGCGGGCGCGCUCGCCCUCGCCCCCGCCCCCGCGCGCUCAGCCCCGCACGCCCGCCACAAACGCUGCGCACCGGGACCGGAGGGGAAACCUGCGGGCGAGGAGAACCCGCGGGCCGCUCGAGGAGGCUCCCCUCGCUGCCACCGCUCCGGUUCCUCCCCCUCGGCCCGGCCGGGCGACGGCGACGGAGGGAGAGGAAGAGGCCAGCGCUGUCACCCGCGCGCUGCCCUUUCGUCACCGUCGCCUGGCCCUCGCCAGCCCCCACCCCCGCUGCCCGGGCUAAUAAAAGUUUGCGGGCGCCCGCGGCGGCCCCCGGACUCGGGCCCGGGUCCGCGGCGGGUGGCACCUCGGGGAGCGAGCGCUCGCGCCGCCCCAGCCCCCACCCCGGCCGCCCGGCCGCCCGCUUCUUACCUCGGGCAGCGGCGCCGCUCUCCCGCCGCCGAUCGCAGCUCCCGCCGCAGCCCAGAUAAACAACUUAGCGGGGAGGGGAGGGGAGAGCCCCUAUUUGAGAAAGUCUCCCAUUUCCCCUCGCUGACAGGCCGGCUGCCCGCCCCGCUCCGGGCUCCGCGGCUCCGAGCCCCCGCGCGCGCGCGCGCGCGUGCCCCCAGUCCCCGGCGCCCCGCCGCGGCGGCCGCUCCGGCGGCGGCGUCUCGUCGCUCCCACUUAGAAACCGUCCCCGACGGGCGGGCGGGGCGCCCGCAGCUCCCGCCCCCACGCCCCGCCGCCCGGCCCGACGGCGCCUGCACGCCCGCGGCCCCCCGCAUGACCCCGCGAGAGCGGCCCGCGCCACCCGGAGCCUUGCGGGCUUCUCGGCGCCCCCACCCAGGAAGAAGUGCAGCGGCGGCGGCGGCGGCCGACCUGAUCUCUGCCGGGCGGGCUGAGGGGGGAAACCGAGUUCCUCUAGUUUCUCUUCUCGCUGCCUGCCGCCCGCCCCCGCGCAGCGCCGCGCCUCCGGACCCACUCGUGGAGCUCGUCCCCGUCCCCGGGCGGCCAGCGCCCCUGCGGGUGACAGCGGCGGCCGGGGAGGGCCAGGGCGCGGCCCGCAGCGGGGCCGCGGGGAGCGCCGCUCGCCGCCCCCGGCCGGGGUGGGCAAAGUCUGUCACUUGGAGAGGGGCUCCGAGGCUGCGCGGGAACCGUGCCGCAGCGUCUCGGCCGCGCUCGGGGCCAGGGGGCCGGACACACCCUCCGGGAGGCUGUGGACAGCGGAGGGGAGGGCAGAGGGGCUCAGUGCAUACGUACUCUGGGCCCGGGGGUGUCGCGUGGCUGCGGGUGUCCCACCCCCGCAUCGUCCGGGCGGCACGGUCUGCAGCCGCCGCGCUCUCGCACCGGGAGAGAAGUUGCAAAGCAGAACCCACCCUCCCCCGCGCCCCGGCCGUCCCCCACCCUCCUCCCGGAGUCUGCGAGGCGGCGGCGGCGGCGGCGGCGGCGGCAGAAGGAGGCGCCGCCUGCCAAGUUCAACCCCCAGCCCUCCCUCCGGGCCUCCCUCCCGGCGCGCUCACACUCGAAGGAAGUUGCACGCCAAAUGCAAAACCUCCGGCGAGCUGGGUUUCUCUCUGCACUUUUUAA